UGACGUUACUGCGGCCAUAUAUAAGCGGGGGCGACGUCACUGGCCCCGCGACAUCUUUGUCAGGGAACAAAAUGGCGAGUCACAUGGUGAAGGCGGCGGGCGUCGCGGCGUCGCGAUGCGGCCGCGGGUUCCACUCCAGGGCGGCGCUCUGCGCCUCCGGGGUCCCCAUGAGCCGCUUCGAGCCACAGCAGCACAUCGACUACACGCCGCUGCGCAACAACAUCAACGUGGUGCGCGACAGGCUGAAGCAACCGCUGACGCUGUCGGAGAAGGUGGUGUACGGCCACCUGGAGGAUGCACGCUCGCAGGAGCUGGAGCGCGGCCGCUCCUACCUGCGGCUGCGCCCUGACCGCGUGGCCAUGCAGGACGCCACGGCGCAGAUGGCCAUGCUGCAGUUCAUCAGCAGCGGGCUGGCGCGCGUCGCCGUGCCCUCCACCAUCCACUGCGACCACCUCAUCGAGGCGCAGCUCGGCGGGGAAGAGGACCUGCAGAGAGCCAAGGACAUCAACAAGGAGGUGUACAACUUCCUGGCCACAGCUGCCAAGAAAUAUGGAGUCGGAUUCUGGAAACCCGGCUCCGGGAUCAUCCACCAGAUCAUACUGGAGAACUACGCGUACCCGGGCGUGCUGCUCAUCGGCACGGACUCGCACACGCCCAACGGCGGCGGCCUGGGCGGCGUCUGCAUCGGUGUGGGCGGCGCCGAUGCCGUGGACGUCAUGGCCAACAUCCCCUGGGAGCUCAAGUGCCCCAAGGUGAUUGGGGUAAAGCUGACCGGCGAGCUGUCCGGCUGGUCGUCGCCCAAGGACGUGAUCCUCAAGGUGGCCGGGAUCCUCACGGUCAAGGGCGGCACGGGCGCCAUCGUGGAGUACCAUGGGCCCGGCGUCGACUCCAUCUCUUGCACCGGCAUGGCCACCAUCUGCAACAUGGGAGCGGAGAUUGGAGCCACCACGUCAAUCUUCCCAUACAACCACCGCAUGCGGGACUACCUUGUGAAGACGGGGCGCGAGGGGAUCGCCGAGUUGGCGGAGAAGAACAAGGAGUACCUGGUGCCUGACGCGGACUGCCACUAUGACCAGCUCAUCGAGAUCAACCUCAGCGAGCUGAAGCCCAUGAUUAACGGGCCGUUCACACCGGACCUGGCUCACGACGUGGCGGACGUCGGCGCCACCGCCGAGCGGAACGGCUGGCCCACUGACAUCAGAGUGGGUCUCAUCGGCAGCUGCACCAACAGCAGCUACGAGGACAUGGGCCGCGCGGCGUCGGUGGCGCGCCAGGCCCUGAGCCACGGCCUCAAGGCGCGUGCCGCCUUCACCGUCACGCCAGGCUCGGAGCAGAUCCGGGCCACGAUCGAGCGCGACGGCUACGCCCAGGUUCUGCGUGACAUCGGGGGCGUGGUGCUCGCCAAUGCCUGCGGCCCGUGCAUCGGACAGUGGGACAGGAAGGACGUGAAGAAGGGGGAGAAGAACACCAUCGUGACCUCGUAUAACCGCAACUUCACGGGACGCAAUGACGCCAACCCAGCGACUCACGCCUUCGUCACCUCUCCCGAGAUUGUGACGGCGCUGACCAUCGCGGGCUCGCUCAAGUUCAACCCCGAGACGGACUUCCUGACCGCGGCCGACGGCAAGAAGUUCAAGCUGACCCCACCCAACGGGGACGAGCUCCCUGCCAAGGGCUUCGACCCCGGCAUGGACACGUACCAGGAGCCCCCCCCGGACGGCCAGACGGUGCGCGUGGACGUCUCCCCCGAGAGCCAGCGGCUGCAGCUGCUGGAGCCGUUCAACAAGUGGGACGGCAAGGACCUCGCUGACAUGCUGGUGCUCAUCAAGGUGAAGGGCAAGUGCACCACCGACCACAUCUCAGCGGCCGGGCCGUGGCUCAAGUACCGGGGCCACCUGGACAACAUCUCCAACAACCUUCUCAUCGGCGCCGUCAACACGGAAAACGGCAAAGUCAACCUUGUCACCAACCAGCUGACGGGCUCCACCGGCGCAGUGCCCGACACCGCACGCGAAUACAAGAAGAGCGGGGUCAAGUGGGUCGUGGUCGGCGAUGAGAACUACGGGGAGGGCUCGAGUCGCGAGCACGCCGCGCUGGAGCCACGCCACCUCGGGGGGAGCGCCAUCAUCGUCAAGUCCUUCGCUCGCAUCCACGAGACGAACCUCAAGAAGCAGGGCGUCCUGCCACUCACGUUCGCCGAUCCGGCCGACUACGACAAGAUCCGCCCCGACGACCGCAUCUCCAUCAUCGGCCUCACCUCCUUCGCUCCCGGCAAGCCGCUGUCGUGCUUGGUGAAGCACAAGGACGGCUCCACGGACAAGUUCCAGCUCAACCACACGUUCAACGAGGGCCAGAUCAGCUGGUUCCGCGCCGGCAGCGCCCUCAACCGCAUGAAGGAGCUGCAGUAGAGACCCCCCCGCCAACCACCGUCGGCCCCUCCCCUCCCUCGUCACCUCCCCCCCCCCCCCCCACACCGUCUCCGUCCCAGCCACCCCCCCCCCCCCCCAGCCCUCUGUUUGUGCAUCCGCUUAAUCCUGUGGCUGCACUAUCGCCGUGCACGCGAUGGUACGGCCUGCCUUGACAGUUGCCCCUGUGGGCUGUGGGGUGCGCAACUGUUAAAUGUGGAAGGGGGGGGAAGGUGGGAGGCGAGUUGGGCCUCCGGCUAUACGCACGUACGCAUACAACAGCCGUCAUUCACCACCGAGUGGUGGCGACGCCGGCAAAGCGCUUGUGCCAGGAUCGGUGCACUUUGAGGCACGGGUGAAAUGUCGAAGGCUCUCUGGCAGGAGGUCACGAGACAGACCCCCCCCUCCCCCCCCAGGUGUUACGGGUUAACCGAGAUGGCUGGCAUGUGCAACACAUGUACACACACGUUCUUGUGAAUGGCAGGGAGUUAAUCGGCGACGUUUGUUCGCGUGGAGACUGGCGAGCGCUUCAAGAGCAAACUUCACGGUGAAUAUCCGAGACGCCGCCGGUGAAUGAUAGCAGCGGGCAGUGGCGUCGGUGUGCGUGGGCCACGGUUUUAGAAACGGUCACGUGGAAUGUUCUUAAUUGUCUGCCCAUCGGUGGAGGUGGCCGUCCGGAUCUGCCGUGCAAUGUCCCAGGGCGAUUCGCGAGCGCACGUCCGCACAAGUGUACACGCGCACCGUAGCACCCGGGGAUUCCCAUUUGCCACAAAGUGGCGCUUGUGUCGGGAUAGAUGCACUUUUGAUGUCGCGCGCGCGACAUCAAAUACGCACGCACCAGACAUGCGUCUGUCCACACACACGCGCGUGUCUAUCUGGACACAAAGAUCCCCUGUCGAGCAUUUAAGAAACUGUUGGGGGGGGGGGGUAAGCGCUGUAAGCGAAGCACCUUUUGAAGGCCAGCACGUCACACGGAGGCGGUGGUGUGGCCAACACCACGCCCCCAUGCACGGCUGAGUAGACUUAGGAGCGGCACAGGACCGGUUCAAACAUUCUUCCACGGUCGUUGGUCGCGAGCUGGAAUCGAGCUCUGGUUCGCCGGGGUUUGUAGCGCAGUGCGUGCUAACCAUUGCGCCACCACUCCCCACAGACACGCACAAACACACACCUACCUACCUGCACACGCGCAAAACAAAUGUACACCUUUGAUUUAAAGCUUUCGUGACUGCAGGGAUUCAUAUUCUUGGUUCUUUUGGUAAAGUCACGUAGAAGGGAAACAAUAAAAUAAUAAAAAUAUCAAACAAAAUUCUCACGACGUUUCGGCUGCAACACAAGCAAUCAUCAUCAGGUGUGAAAACCACAGCGAGAAAAUUUUGAAAAAAGUGUCGAUUUUAAAUUUUUUUUUAUUUUAUUGUUUCCCUGCUUACGUGACUUUACCGAAAGAACCAAGAAUAUAAAUGUACGCCUGUGUAUGCACCCCCCCCUCCUCCUUCCAUCUCAGCACAGAAGUCUAGCCGCACACACGCACAAUUCUAGCGGCGCGCGCACACACACGCGUGUUGGUGCUGUGCACUGCUACUGUGUGUGGAAGGGUGUUCCAUGUCAACUGCUUCAUGGACUUCGCCGGCGAUCCUUGCGCGUCGGGCGAGGAACGAUCGCGAUUGGGCCGGACUUGUAACCCCGGUGCCGGCCGGCCGCCCACACUCCAGUAAUUAAUAUUAAAAUAAAAAGAGGGUUUAUGUUCGUGA